CUCUCUCUCUCGCUCUCUCCCUCUGUGCACCCUCCCUUUUACUGUCUCCUUACACUCAUAUAAACACCUAGAGAUCCUAGUGAACGCAGGGAGAGGUGGACCGCUGGCUCGCUAAGAGAACGAAUUCCAACUGACAUCCUUGAAUAACCGGCGUGUGACUCAGUUGACUGAGGGGUCCGGACUUGUGCGAGAGUCCUGCUGGAGCCGGAGUCUUCAUUCCGCAACGAUGUCAGAAUUUAUUUUAGCAUUUUUGACCAUAUCGGGAUUAUUUCCAAUCGCCAAGGUGCUGACCACCGUCGGCGCUGAGCAAGAGGGCAUUGUGUGUGACGUCGGCGAGUUUCUUUGCCACGACCAGUUGACUUGUGUCUCUGAAACGUGGUUGUGUGAUGGGGAACCUGACUGUCCAGACGAUUCGGAUGAAACCCUGCACAGAUGUGCAGGUGAGGCGCUAGUGAAGUGCGCACUGAACCACAUUCAGUGCCUUGGCACCCGGAGGUGCAUUCACUACAACAAACUGUGCAACGGGGCCAGAGACUGUGAGGACGGCUAUGAUGAAGGAGAUCACUGUCGAGAGCUCCUACCACAUUGUCAUGCGUUGCGGUGUCAGUACGGAUGUGUCAUGACGAGGAACGGAACGUUCUGCUUCUGCGGAGACGGCUUGGAGGUGGGAGGCGACGGGAGGACCUGCACAGAUUAUGAUGAAUGUACUGUAUAUGGGAUGUGUAGCCAGAGCUGCUUGAACACCUAUGGGUCCUAUCGAUGCAGCUGUACAGAUGGCUACAUCAUGCAGUCUGACAGAAGGUCCUGCAAAGCCAAAAACGAGCCCGGUGACAGGCCGCCUGUUCUCCUGAUUGGAAACUCGGAACGGAUUGCCGUUAUGUACCUAAACGGGUCCUCGGUGCCGAACGUCAAGUCGCUGGACACAAAUGGAACGCUGGCCUUGGAUUUCAAUCACAACGAGGAGUCCGUGUGCUGGGUCGCUUCAACAGAGUCCUCGAGCCGGCUCCAGUGCGCGAAGAUGACAAAGCUGAAAGGUUUUUCAGAGGAGCGAGAAAUUAAAACCGGGCAGAAUCUGCAAAAUGUGGAGCAAAUGACCAUCGACUGGUUAACGGGCAACUUCUACUUUGUGGAUCGUGUCAAUGACCGGAUUUUCGUGUGCAGCCGCGAUGGGGAGACAUGUGUCACAAUAAUUGACUUGGACCUUCAGAACCCAAAAGGAAUUGCUGUGGAUCCAAUGAUGGGGAAGGUUUUCUUCACCGACUAUGGUGGCGUGGCCAAGUUGGAGCGAUGCGACAUGGAUGGCACCAACAGGACGCGGAUCGUGGAAUCCAAAAUGGAGCAGCCCACAGCAGUCACUCUGGACCUGGUGAAGAAGCUAGUCUACUGGGCAGAUGCCUACCUGGACUAUGUUGAGGUUGUGGAUUACACGGGCAAGAACAGACACACCAUUGUUCAUGGGAUCUCUGUUUCCUACCUUUACGGAUUAUCCCUCUUUGAAGAUUACCUGUUUGCAAUACAUGCAGAACUAUCCAGAGGAAGCAAAGUGGACAUUUUACAGAUAAACCGCUUUAACAGCACAGACCCACAGACAUUAACCAGCAUGGAGAAUUCCAGAGUUAUACGCGUUUAUCACAAACUGACUCAGCCAAUGGUCAGGAGUCACGCCUGCGAAUCGGAUUCGUACGGAAGGGCCGGUGGGUGUUCCCACAUCUGCCUGCUCGCCGGAAGCUACAAGGCCAGAACCUGCCGCUGCCGGACCGGCUUCACCCUGGGUAGCGACGGAAAGUCCUGCAAAAAACCGAAGAACGAGCUCUUCCUUUUCUACGGGAAGGGCCGACCGGGGGUCAUCCGCGCCCUGGACACGAAUGUAAAGUCCAGCACAGACGAGCACAUGGUUCCAAUCGAAGACCUGGUGAGCCCGCGGGCCUUGGACUUCCACGCCGAGACUGGGUACAUUUACUUUGCCGACACCACCAGCUUCCUCAUUGGCCGGCAGAAAAUUGACGGAACCGAGAGGGAAAUCGUUCUCAAGGACGACCUCGAUAAUGUGGAGGGCAUUUCAGUGGACUGGAUCGCAAACAACCUCUACUGGACCAAUGACGGCUACCGAAAGACCAUCAGCGUGGCGAGGCUAGAGAAGGCAUCGCAGACCAGGAAAACCCUCCUGGAGGGCGACAUGUCCCAUCCCCGUGCCAUUGUGGUAGACCCUCUGAACAGCUGGAUGUACUGGACCGACUGGGAGGAGGACGAGGUGAAUGACAGCAUCGGCAGAAUAGAGAGGGCCUGGAUGGACGGGUCCAACCGGCAGAUUUUUGUCACCUCCAGCAUGCUCUGGCCCAACGGACUGGCGCUGGACCAUCGGACCAACACCAUGUACUGGUGCGAUGCCUACUACGAUCACAUUGAGAAGGUCUUUCUGAACGGCACUAACAGAAUGGUGGUGUACAACGGCAAAGAAUUAAACCACCCAUUUGGUAUAGCCUAUUACCAAAACCGCAUCUUCUGGACUGAUUACAUGAACGCAUCCGUUUUCCAACUGGACCUGUCUACGGGCAACGUCACUCUGAUGAGGAGCGAGAAGCCGCCUCUCUUUGGGCUGCGAGUGUAUGACGCGCGGGGGCAGCAAGGUGACAAUGCAUGCCGUGUGAAUUACGGAGGUUGCAGCACGCUGUGCCUCGCCAUCCCCGGGGGGCGGGUGUGCGCUUGUGCCGACAACCAGCGUCUGGAGAUGAAUAACGUCACCUGCUCUGUCGCGCCGGGGGAGACCGCGCCGCAGCGCUGCAAGAGCGAGGAGUUCCGCUGCCGCAACCAGCGCUGCGUCCAGCUGUCCUGGAAGUGUGACGGGGACGACGACUGUAUGGACGGCAGCGACGAGGACCCACAAAUAUGCCAUAACCGCAGCUGCCCUGCCGAUCAGUUCAAGUGCCAGAACAAUCGCUGCAUUCCCAAGAGAUGGCUGUGCGACGGGACCAACGACUGCGGAAACAACGAGGACGAGUCCAACCUCACCUGCUCAGCUCAGACGUGCCAACCCAGCCAGUUCUCCUGUCAGAAUGGGCGCUGCAUCCCAGCAAGUUGGCUCUGCGACAGGGAUGAUGACUGUGGCGAUCAGUCUGAUGAACUGUCAUCAUGUGCAUUUCCUACCUGUGAGCCUCUCACUCAGUUCAGCUGCUCCAAUGGGAGGUGCAUCAGUGUCAAGUGGCAUUGUGACUCAGAUGAUGACUGCGGGGACGGCAGCGACGAGGCGGGGUGCGUGCACUCCUGCUCCAACUCCCAGUUCCAGUGCUCGAGCGGGAGGUGCAUCCCGGAACACUGGGUCUGCGACGGGGACAACGACUGCGGCGACUACAGCGACGAGAACGCCACCUGCUCCGGAGCAGCCCUGCUUCCUGUCAACGACUGCAGCGGGGACGAGUUUUACUGUCGCGCCGACGGAACCUGCAUCCCUGAGCGCUGGCGCUGCGACGGGGACAAGGACUGCGAGGACGGCGGCGACGAGGUGACCUGCGAAGGGACCCGCAGGCUGUGCGACCCCAAGGCAAAGUUCACCUGCAGGGCCUCAGGGAAGUGCAUCAGCAAAAACUGGGUCUGUGAUGGGGACAAUGACUGCGAGGAUCUUUCUGACGAGGAGAAUUGUGCGGUGUCCGUCUGCAAGCCUCCAAAAUACUCCUGCGCCAAUGACACGUCCACUUGCCUGCAGCCAGAGAAGAUCUGCGACGGCAGGAUUGACUGCGCCGACCAAUCAGACGAGGGAGUGUUCUGUGACAAAUGCUUACUGGAUAACGGCAGCUGCAGUCACCAGUGUGCGGUAGCCCCUGGGAAGGGCGUGGUCUGCUCCUGUCCGGCAGGGCUACACCUCAAUGCCGACAACAGGACCUGCGAGACGGUCGACUACUGCACCAAACACCUCAAAUGCAGCCAGGUGUGCGAGCAGUACAAAGCCACUGUCAAGUGCUCCUGCUAUCCUGGAUGGAGACUGGAGCCAGAUGGGGAGAACUGCCAGAGCACAGAUCCCUUUGAAGCCUUCGUCGUCUUCUCUAUCAGGCAUGAAAUCAGACGGAUAGACCUGCACAAACGAGAUUACAGUCUGCUUCUUCCUGGCCUGAGAAACACUAUUGCUCUGGACUUCCACUUUAAUCAGAGCUUGCUGUACUGGACCGAUGUAGUCGAGGACAAGAUUUACCGAGGAAAGCUCACAGAAACUGGAGGGGUGUCUGGGAUUGAAGUGGUGGUGCAGCAUGGCUUGGCCACGCCGGAGGGUCUGGCAGUGGACUGGAUCGCUGGGAACUUCUACUGGAUCGACAGCAAUCUGGAUCAGAUUGAAGUGGCCAAGCUGAACGGAGACAUGAGGACGACAUUGAUCGCGGGAGACAUGGAGCACCCCCGGGCCGUUGCCCUGGACCCCGGACACGGAAUCCUUUUCUGGACAGACUGGGAUGCCACCUUUCCCCGAAUUGAGGCAGCGUCGAUGAGCGGGAUGGGAAGACAUGUCGUUUUCAAGGAUAUGGAAAUAGGGGCGUGGCCAAAUGGAUUGACGCUUGAUCAUGUGGAGAAGAGGAUAGUAUGGACAGAUGCCCGCUCCGAUGCCAUUUACUCGGCCCUGUACGACGGCAGCGGAGUGAUAGAGAUCCUCAGGGGCCACGAGUACCUGUCUCACCCCUUCGCCGUUUCCCUGUUCGGGGGAAGCGUGUACUGGACGGACUGGAGGACCAACACGCUGGCCAGAGCCAACAAGUGGACGGGCCGAAACGUGACGGUGAUCCAGAAGACCAGCGCCCAGCCCUUCGACCUGGAGAUCUACCACCCCAGCCGCCAGCCCCAGGCCUCCAACCCAUGCGCAGGAAACAACGGGAAAGGUCCCUGCUCGCACCUGUGCCUCAUCAACUACAACCGAACAGCUGCCUGCGCCUGUCCUCACCUGAUGAAGUUGGCCCCCAACAACAGGACCUGCCUCGUGCUGAAGAGGUUCCUCCUCUAUGCCAAGCGGUCAGAGAUCCGCGGCGUGGACAUCGACAACCCCUACAUGAAUAUCAUGACAGCCCUGACGGUCCCGGACAUCGAUAAUGUCACAGUGGUGGACUAUGAUGCCCUGGAGGAGCGCAUUUAUUGGACGGACGUCAAAACUCAGACCAUAAAGCGGGCCUUCAUAAAUGGGACCAGCCUGGAAACAGUGGUGUCGGGAGAUAUAGUAAACGUCCGCGGGCUUGCUUUAGACUGGCUGUCGCGGAACAUGUACUGGAUCAGCUCGGAGAGCGACGAGACUCAGAUAAACGUCGCCCGUUUGGACGGGUCUCUGAAAGCGGUCGUCGUCCACGGGAUUGACAAGCCCAAGUGCCUCGUUGUGCACCCGUCCAAGGGGAAAAUCUACUGGACUGAUGGUAACACUAUAAACAUGGCGAAUAUGGAUGGGAGCAACAGCAAGAUCCUGCAUCAGAACCAGAGAGAACCAGUCGGUCUGUCGAUAGACUACGCCAUGAACAAGCUCUACUGGAUCAGCUCGGGCAACGGAACCAUCAACAGGUGCAAUCUGGACGGCAGCAGCCUGGAAGUGAUAGAAUCCAUGAAGGCGGGCUUAACGAAGGCCACGGCCCUGGCGGUGAUGGGUGGCAAGCUGUGGUGGGCGGAUGACAGCUCGGCGCAGCUGGGGACCGUCGCCAAGAGAGACGGGCGGAACCCAUUGGUGCUACGCAACAAAACCAGCGGGGUGGUCCACAUGAAGGUGUACGACAAGGAGGGCCAGAAAGGGAGGAACGCUUGUCAGCAGAACAAUGGCGGCUGCUCCCAGCUCUGCUUCCCCACGUCCGAGAACACCCGCAGCUGCUCCUGCACGGUCGGCUACCACCUGCGCAGUGACCGCACGUCCUGCGAAGGCAUUGGGUCCUUCCUGCUGUACUCCAUCCACGAAGGAAUUCGCGGGAUCUCGCUGGACCCGUCGGACCACACGGAAGCCUUGAUGCCGAUCAGCGGCACGCUGUUUGCCGUGGGAGUGGACUUCCAUGCAGAAAAUGACACAAUCUACUGGACGGACAUGGGUUCAAACAGAAUCUCCCGUGCAAAGCGGGAUCAGACCUGGAAAGAGGACAUAGUUACCACCGGCAUCGGUCGCGUGGAGGGGAUCGCGGUCGAUUGGCUCGCUGGUAACAUCUAUUGGACGGACCACGGCUUCAAUCUCAUCGAGAUCUCAAGACUGAAUGGUCAGUACCGUUCUGUGGUGAUCUCUCAGGGUCUCGACCAGCCGAGAGCUAUUGCUGUCCAUCCAGUGAGAGGGUAUAUGUUUUGGACCCAGUGGGGCCAGACCUCGUGCAUCGGAAGGGCGCACCUGGACGGCUCCGAGCAGGUCGUGCUCGUUAACUCUGGCAUCGCCUGGCCGAACGGGAUCUCCAUCGAUUACGAGGAAAACAAAUUAUACUGGUGCGAUGCACGAACAGACAAGAUCGAGAGGAUCAACCUUGAGAACGGGGAGAAUCGGGAGAUUGUGCUGUCAGCGAGCAACGUGGACCUGUUUUCAGUCACAGUCUUCGGGACUUACAUCUACUGGUCUGACAGGGCGCACGCGAAUGGUUCCAUUCGAAGAGGGCUCAAGAACGACGCCACAGACGCCCUGACCUUGAGGAGUGGACUGGGGGUCAACCUGAAGGAUGUGAAAAUCUUUAACAGAGGCCGGGAGAAAGGUACAAACCCCUGUGCCAAGAAUAACGGUGGCUGCCAACAACUCUGCUUCUACCACGGUCGAGGGAGGAGAACCUGCGCGUGCGCUCACGGUUACCUGUCCGAGGGCGGGCUUACCUGCCAGAGGUACGAGGGUUACCUGCUCUACUCCGAAAGGACCAUCCUGAAGAGCGUGCACCUCUCGGACGAGAACAACCUCAACUCGCCCAUAAGGCCGUACGAGAACCCCGCCUACUUCAAGAACGUCAUCGCCCUGGCCUUCGACCACCGGCAGGGCGCGGCGGGGGUGAACCGCAUCUUCUUCAGCGACGUUCAUUUUGGGAACAUCCAGGUCAUCAACGACGACUGGACGGGACGGCGUGUCAUUGUGGAAAAUGUGGGUUCAGUAGAGGGUCUAGCCUACCACCGGGGCUGGGACACGUUGUACUGGACCAGUUCCACCACCUCCUCUAUCACUCGGCACACCAUUGACCAGACUCGAUGGGGAGCCUUCAGCAGGGAGGCCGUGGUCGCCAUGUCCGAGGAGGACCACCCGCACGUCCUCGCUCUGGACGAGUGUCAGAACCUAAUGUUCUGGACGAACUGGAAUGAGCAGCGGCCAGCCAUCAUGAGGUCCACUCUCGCAGGGAACAGCAUCCAGAACAUCAUCAGCACGGACAUCCUCACCCCAAACGGCCUCACCAUCGAUCACAAAGCCGAGAAGCUCUACUUCUCUGACGGAAGUCUGGGGAAGAUUGAAAGAUGUGAAUACGAUGGAUCUGGUAGACAUGUGAUUGUGAAGGCGGGGCCUGGAACGUUUUUUGGCCUGGCUAUUUAUGGCGACUUCAUCUUUUGGUCUGAUUGGGUGCGAAGGGCCGUACUGCGCUCCAAUAAGUACACAGGAGGUGACAUGAAAGUGCUCCGAGCAGACAUUCCACACCAGCCAAUGGGAAUAGUUGCUGUGGCCAAUGACACCAACAGCUGUGAAAUGUCUCCCUGCCGUGCGAUGAACGGGGGCUGCGGAGACCUUUGCCUCUUGACCCCGAAUGGCACGGUGAACUGCAGCUGCAGGGGGCAGCGCGUGCUGCUGGACGAUAACCGCUGCGUAUCCGAGAACUCGUCCUGCAACAUUCACACCGAGUUCGAAUGCGGGAACGGCGAGUGCAUCGACUAUCAGUUAACGUGCGACGGGAUAGCUCAUUGCAAGGACAAGUCGGAUGAGAAAAUGCAAUAUUGCGAUGACAGGAACUGCAGGAAGGGCUUCAAGCACUGCUACAACCAGCGCUGCGUGGCCAACAGCCGCUUCUGCGACGGCGUGGACGACUGCGGAGACAACUCGGACGAAGCAUACUGCAACAACUCGACUUGCGCGUCCUCCGAAUGGCGGUGCCAGGACGGGGCCUGCAUCCCCAGCGCCGCCUGGUGCAAUCAGCUCGUCGACUGCGCCGACGCCUCGGACGAAAAAAGCUGCAAUAACACGGACUGCGUAGAUUACUACCAGCUGGGGGUGAAGGAGCGGGGUUUCGUCAGCUGCAACAGCACCUCUCUCUGCGUCCUGCCGUCCUGGAUCUGCGACGGGGCCAACGACUGCGGGGAUUACGCCGACGAGGCGCACUGCACGGCGGUUUCCCCCGGGAACGGGUGCGAGGACGGCCACUUCGCCUGCCCCGGCGGAAACUGCAUCUCCAGCGUGUGGCUGUGCGACGGGCAGAAGGACUGCGAGGACGGAGCGGACGAAUUCCAGUGCGACUCUUCCUGCUUAUGGAACCAGUUUGCCUGCUCCAAGAACAAGUGCAUCGCCAAGCAGUGGCUGUGCGACGGGGAGGACGACUGCGGUGACGGCGUGGACGAAAGCGAGGAGAUUUGCGGUUCGGUGACCUGCGCCUCGGGGUUGUUCACCUGUCCCGGGUCCUACGCCUGCGUGCCCAAGCGCUGGCUCUGCGACGGGGAGAGGGACUGUCCCGACGGCAGCGAUGAGCUCGCCGCGGCCGGCUGCGCACCCAACAACACAUGCGACGAAAAUGCUUUCCUGUGUCACAACAAGGCCUGCGUCCCCAAGCGCUUCGUGUGCGACCACGACGACGACUGCGGCGACGGAUCCGACGAGUCUCCCGAAUGUGUGUACCGCUCCUGCGGUCUGACCGAGUUUCGCUGCGCAGACGGGAGGUGUCUGCUCAGUGCGCAGUGGGAGUGCGACGGACACCCCGACUGUCCGGACCGCUCCGACGAGCUUCCGCUCAAUCCCAAGUGCUCUGCUGCAGAAAGCUUAUGCAACGGCUCGUUCUUCAUGUGCGCCAACGGACGCUGCAUCCCCCUCGGCAGCCUCUGCGACAAGAAGGACGACUGCGGGGACCGCUCGGACGAGCACAACUGCAACGUGAACGAGUGUUUGAACCGCAGGGUGAGCGGUUGCACUCAAGAGUGCCAGGACCUUCCCGUCGGAUAUAAGUGCAAGUGUUGGCCGGGAUUUCAGCUGAAGGGCGAUGGGAAGACCUGCGUGGACAUCGACGAGUGCUCCUCCAGCCUGCCCUGCAGCCAGCAUUGCAUCAACACUUACGGCUCUUUCAAGUGCCUGUGCGCGGAUGGCUACGAAGCACCAGCCGGAAAUCCCAACGCCUGCAAGUCUCUGUCAGCGGAAGAGCCCUUCCUUAUACUCGCUGACCAUCACGAAAUACGCAAAAUAAGUGUGGAUGGGUCCAAUUAUACCCUUUUGAAACAGGGCCUCAGCAAUAUCGUUGCCAUAGACUUUGACUACAGGAAGGAGUUUAUCUAUUGGAUUGACUCAAGCAGACCCAGUGGACGCAGGAUAAACAGAAUGCGACUGAAUGGGAGUGACCUGAAGAUAGUUCACCGCACAGCCGUUCCCAGCACACUGGCCGUGGACUGGAUAGGAAAGAACCUGUAUUGGUGCGAUGCAGAGAAGGCGACCGUGGAGGUGUCAAAGGUCAACGGCCUGUACCCCACCAUCCUGGUGGGCUCAGGCCUGAGGAACCCCAGGAAUCUGGCUCUGGAUCCACAGACUGGGUAUGUUUUCUGGAUCGACUGCUGCGAGCACCCCCACAUCGGGCGCGUGGGCAUGGACGGGAGCCAGCGGGCCGUGAUCGUCGACACCGAAAUCUACAGCCCCGCGGCUCUGACCGUCGACUACACCAACCGGAGGGUGUACUGGGCCGACGAGAACCACAUCCUGUUUGCCAACAUGGACGGGUCCCGACGGCACAAGGUGCCCAAUCAAGACAUCCACGGAGUGGUGGGACUGACGCUGUUUGAGGACUACAUCUACUGGACCGAUGGGAAGUCCAAAUCGCUCAACCGCGCGCACAAAACCACGGGGACUCAGCAGGUGGAGCUGUUGAGCACCUGGCAGACUAUCACCGACAUCAAAGUCUACCACCCUUUCCGGCAGCCUGACGUUCCCAAACACCAGUGUCAGGUGACCAAUGGGGGGUGUAGCCACCUAUGUCUGCUGUCCCCCGGGGGCGGAUACAAAUGCGCCUGUCCUGUCAACUUUUACCUGGGCGCCGACAACAAGACCUGCUUAUCAAACUGUACCGCCAGCCAGUUCCGCUGUGGCACAGAUGAGUGCAUUCCUUUCUGGUGGAAGUGUGACACGGUGGACGACUGCGGCGACGGGUCGGACGAGCCUGCGGACUGCCCGGAGUUCAAAUGCCAGCCGGGGAGAUUCCAGUGCGGAACUGGCCUUUGUGCUCUCCCUCCCUUCAUAUGCGACGGAGAGAACGACUGCGGAGACAACUCCGACGAGGCCAACUGCGACACAUACAUCUGCCUGUCGGGGCAGUUCAAAUGCACAAAGAAGCAGAAAUGCAUCCCUCUGAACCUCCGCUGCAACGGACAGGACGACUGCGGGGAUGGCGAGGAUGAAAUCGAUUGUCCGGAAAGCACCUGCUCCCAGGACCAGUUUCAGUGCAAGACCACAAUGCACUGCAUCUCCAAGCUGUGGGUCUGUGACGAAGACCCUGACUGCGCCGACGGUUCUGACGAGGCCGACUGUGAUGAAAAGACCUGUGGACCUCAUGAGUUCCGCUGCAAGAAUAAUAACUGCAUCCCUGACCACUGGAGGUGUGACAGUCAGAGUGACUGUGGAGACCACUCCGAUGAGGAGAACUGCAAGCCAGUGACCUGCAACUCCAAGGAUUUCGUCUGCGCCAACGGGGAGUGCAUCUCCGCCAGAUUCCGCUGCGACGGCGACUACGACUGCGUCGACAACUCGGACGAGAAAGACUGUGAAACGCGAUGCUCUGAGGACCAGUUCCAGUGCCUGAACAACCUGUGCAUCUCGGUGAAGUGGCUCUGUGACGGACAGGAAGACUGCAAAACGGGGGAGGACGAGAGCAGCUGCCAGGCGACAGGCACUGAAGUGACUCCGUCCUGCUCCCUAAGUGAAUACAGCUGUGACAGUGGAGGCUGUGUGUCAGCUACUCUCAGGUGUGAUGGAAACCAAGAUUGCUCCGACGGAUCUGACGAGGUGGACUGUGUCCGGGAAUGCCGGGAAGACCAGUUCCUGUGCCGCAACCGGGCCUUCUGCAUCCCGAAGCGAUGGCGCUGCGACGAAGUGCAGGACUGCAUGGACCACAGCGACGAGGAGGACUGCAACCACGGGGCAUAUACAUGUCGUGCCGAUGAGUUCAUUUGCAACAAUACGCUGUGUAAGCUGCACGUGUGGGUGUGUGAUGGUGAGGAUGACUGUGGAGACAACUCGGAUGAAGACCCUGAGAUGUGUGCCAAAUUUCCAUGCCCACCAACGAGGCCCCACCAUUGCCGCAACGACCGGGUGUGUCUGCGCACGGACCAGGUGUGCAAUGGUGUGGACGACUGCGGGGACAACUCUGACGAGGAGGAGUGUGAGGGUGUGCAGGGACGGUCUAGGCCAUGCGGGAAGGCCGAGUUCGCCUGCAAGAACGGCCGCUGCAUCUCCGCUGAGCUGCAGUGCGACCUUUUCGACGACUGCGGGGAAGGAGGGUCGGACGAGCUUGACUGCAAGGCCUCUCCCUAUGAAGAGGCAUGCAGAGGAGGAAUAAAUCCCUGUGGCGAAGAUGCAUUCUGCAAUCAAACAAAAGCCAAUGCGAUCUGUCAGUGCAAAUCAGGAUUUCAGAGAAAUGAAAGGAAUAAGCGGUGUGAAGAAGUCAAUGAAUGUCUUCACUUUGGCACUUGUUCACACUAUUGCACUAAUAUUAAAGGAUCCUACAAGUGCACGUGUGAUGGGAAUUACAAAGAAAUCAAUGGCACCUGUCAAGCAAAAGGACCUGAAGAUCGAGUGCUCUUCAUAGCUAAUGACACUGAAAUCCGAGGUUUUGUGUAUCCAUUUAACCAGAGCCAUGGACACAAACAACUAGCUCGCAUCGAGGACAAUGCCAGAAUCAUUGGAAUGGACGCUCUGUUUCAAGGACACAAGUUUAUUUGGGCUACCCAGUUUAAUCCGGGUGGAAUUUUUUACAAAGACAUCCUAGGCAGAAGUCAAACUAAAACUAAUAGUGGAAUCAUAUGUCCCGAUUUUCGGAGGCCGAGGGACGUGUCGGCCGACUGGGUAACUGGGAAUAUCUACUGGACAGAUCAUUCGAGGAUGCAUUGGUUCAGCUAUUAUACAGCCCAUUGGACGAGGCUGAGAUAUUCCAUUAAUGUGGGGAGACUAGGUGGAGCGAGCUGCACUCGCUUGAUUACGGAUAUAGCAGGGGAGCCCUACGCCAUCGCUGUCAACCCAGUCCAAGGGAUGAUGUACUGGACUGUGAUUGGCGACCACUCGCACAUUGAGGAAGCCGCCAUGGACGGGUCUGCGCGCAGGGUCCUGUUGGACAAGAACCUCAGGAGGCCCACAGGACUGGCGAUUGAUUAUUUCAACCAGCGCCUGUACUGGGCCGACGUGGAGCUCUCGGCGAUAGGGAGCGUGCGCCUGGACGGGUCCGACUCCCUGCUGGCCGUCACCAGCAGACACGGAGUGUCCCAUCCUCAGAGGAUUGACAUUUUUGAAGACUACAUCUAUGGAGUCGGGCUGAAAAAUGAAGUUUUCAGGGUUCACAAAUAUGGCAGAGGGUCUAUAGAGCACCUCGAUUUGGGAGUGGAGAAGUCAUCAAACAUCCUGAUAUUUCAUCCUUUCAAACAGCAAGAGGUGGCAAACCCCUGCCUGAAGACGAAGUGCGACUUCCUGUGUCUGCUGAACCCGACCGGCGCCACCUGCAUCUGCCCCGAAGGGAAGGCCCUCGUUAACGGGACCUGCGGCGACACCAGCGUCUCAGGAGAGCAGUGCCGGCCAGCCUGCGAGAACGGGGGGCGGUGCCUGGCCAAUGAGAGAGGCGACUGGCGCUGUUACUGCUGGCCCAACUUUUCCGGGGAGCAGUGCGAAGUCAACCACUGCAAGGACUACUGUCAGAACGGAGGGACGUGCACAGGGUCCCCUCUAGGGAGACCCACCUGCCGUUGUCCUGUGGGGUUCACAGGGCCCUACUGUGAGAAGCGUCUUUGUGACGGUUACUGUCUGAAUGGUGGCACCUGUGACGUCAGCUUGGGCAACCAGCCAACGUGCCGCUGUCUGGCAGAGUACACGGGAGACCGCUGCCUGUACCACAUCUGCCAUCACUACUGCGUGAACUCCAAGGCAUGCACGCUGUCCAGCAGCGGUCACGUGGAGUGCGUGUGUCCGACGCGCUACGAGGGCAACAAAUGCGAGGUGGACAAGUGCCUACGAUGCCACGGCGCACCCUGCAUCGUUGACCACGAAACUGGGGACGUUUCCUGCAACUGCACCAAUGGGAGAGUUGCUUCCAGCUGUCAGCUGUGCGAUGGCUACUGCUACAACGGCGGCACCUGCCACCUCGACUCAGAGACCCACCUGCCUCUCUGCCACUGCACAUCCGGGUUCAAAAACCAGCGCUGUGAUGAGCGAGCAAACCCGUGCGAUUACUACUGUCAGAACGAAGGAAUUUGCACCUUAACCACCUUUAACAAACCGCGGUGCAAGUGUCCAGCCAACUGGGCGGGGACUCAGUGCGAGAGACCGGCCCCCAAGAGCAGCCGCUCCGACAACACCAGUGGAAGAAGUAUAGCCAUCAUUGUCCCUCUCGUCCUUCUGGUGAUAUUAAUAACCACGGUGGUGGCGGGUGUCCUUAUCUGCAGAAGACGGCAGAGGGGAAAGAGAGUACAGCGGCAGCCAAUGACCAACGGGGGCCUGAACGUGGAGAUCGGCAACCCCUCCUACAACAUGUACGAAGUGGACCACGAUAAUCACGCAGACGCUGGAAACCUGCUGCACCCCAAUUUCACGCUUGACCCACACAAGGGCUGGUGUGUGAGAUCCAGUGAUCCUCGCAGUCUGCCUGUUCACAUUGUCCCAAAGGAGAUUAUUCCAGGACAGCCCAUAAACUACUCCAACCCAAUGUACGCCAAGAUAUAUCUUGAUGGACAAAACUGUCGGAAACCGAUGGUGAACAUCGAGGAGAGGAGAGAGCUACUCCCAAAGAAACUGGAGGGGACAAUUCGGGAAACGGCUGCGUAGAUAGAUUUUACACACUUUACUUCUUUUAUACAAUCUGUAUAAAUGUACAAAAAAAAAGAGGGGAAAAAAAGAUUUUUCUAUGUCUUGUCAGGUUCUGAUAUUUGCUUUCCCUUCUUUUACUGCAGCAUCAACAGUACCUCCAUGUGCUGAGAAUUAUAAACCAUUUGUAUGUUUUCCUGUUUCUAAUGAAGUCUAUAAAUAGUGUAAUAUAUAUUAUAUAUAUAUAUAUAUAUAUAUAUAUAUAUAUAUAUAUAUAUAUAUAUAGCUGCUGGUUUACAAAUGACCUUAAACAUGAUGAAUUUAUGAUACAUCAGUAUUUCAAAAGGGUGUAAAAAUAGAUUUUUUUUUGCUAUGGUUUUAUUAUUGAGCAUACAGUACAUUUAGUGGUUCAAUUGCCAAGCUUAAAGGAUACAUCCAAUAGGCCUAUUUCAUUUAGCUAUAUUGCACCCCAGGAUUGCAUCUAUAACUGUUAAGUAUUUACUAAACAGGUAUUUUAUUUUAAUUUUUUUCCAAGUUUUUUUUUUUUUAAUGUUUGUGCUUUGCAUUAUGUUGAAUGUUUUUGUCCGUCCAGGAAAGCCCGAAGAAGAAUUCCGCCUUAGUUUAUGGUUCGUUGUUUGUUUGAAUGAAUGUGUGCCAUCUUUAUUCACUUGACUGAUGAACCCUAAAGAAAUAUUUAUUCAUACCAAAUUAUUAAUUUUGAUGUUCAUAAGUAUAAUUCAUUUGAAUUCUGUUUACUUGUCUAUUCUGGGACAUACAUUUUUUAUUUAAAGUAAACAUCCAACCUCGUCAAGAAUUUACCAUAUGUUGGCAGAAUCACAGAAGUAUAUUGCCAAAUUAUACAUUUCCUGCUGAUGUCUGAAGUAUGUUUUGAACUCCUCAUCUGUCAUUUUCUCACAGUCUUGAUCAAUGCACUUUGAAAGUGUUUAAUUUUGGGCUUAUAGUUUCAUAGUUAUUUUCUAUACAAGUAAUAAUAUAAUAAACAAACCAUCCUGUUAUCUUUAAAUUCGCAAACGGAUGCACAUAGAUUUAACAAGUUUUAUAAUUUUGUAUUUGAUUUAUAUGUCAACCUAUUGCUGCUUGUAUUUUGAAGAAAUGUAUUAAAUGUAAGUACUUUUAUAUAAAAUGUACACCAGUAUGAAAUAAUGUGAUGUU